AUUGUUUCAACAUAACUCUCUCUCUCUUUCUCUCUUUCUCUCUCCUCUUCCUUCAUUAAUGGUCCUUUCACUCCCUUUAUAUCUCUUAUCACUUUCUUCAUAUACCUCUACUCCUCCUACCAUUCCUCUAUCUUCAUCUCCUCCUCUUCUCCACUAUAUAGCUUAUCUUAUCUUUCUUAAAAUUUCCAACCAAAAUAUAAAACCAUUAAUUGUUAUAACUUUCUUUAUUCUCCCUCAUUUGUGUAUCUUCUUAGUUAUAUUAUAUAAUUAAGCUAUAAAAGUUAAUAACACCAACAUCUAGGUAUAUAUAUUAUGUCUAGCAGAAGAUCAAGGCAACAAUCUUCAUCUUCAAGAAUUUCUGAUGAACAAAUCAUCGAACUUGUUUCCAAGUUGCGUCAACUUGUUCCUGAGAUUCGUCAUAGGCGUUCCGAUAAGGUAUCAGCAUCAAAGGUCCUACAAGAAACAUGUAACUACAUAAGAACCUUAAACAGAGAGGUGGAUGAUUUAAGUGAAAGAUUGUCUCAGUUAUUAACCACAAUUGAUGCUGAUAGUCCAGAGGCUAAUAUUAUAAGAAGCUUAAUUAAUCAAUAAGCUAUAGUAUUAAAUAUUAAUCUAAUUUUCUUAUUUUUAUUAAUUAUAAUGAGAAAAUUAAUUAAUAUAUAUUUAUAUAAGAGUGUACUACUUUAUUUUAGAUGGAGUGAAGUUUGAGAUGUGCACCUCCAAUAUGGAGGGUAUAUUAUGAAGCUUUUUGUAAUAUUAAUUAAUUAAGGAUUUUGUAUAACUUUAAUGCUAUAUAUUCUUGUGCCACAUUUAUAGAUGGCCAAAAUGUAUCGGUUGUUAAAUCUAUUUAUUAAGGUUAUAAUUAGCAAUGUAUUUCAUUUA